AUGAAAAAGGACGACCUUCUGAAAUUAAAGCCAAUGGGCUCUUGCUCUCAGGACUAUACUAGGCAGGUUAGGACAAAGGUAGACCAGUCCUCUGUGCGUAGGAGCAUGCAUCCCUCUCUGGGCAAAGACUAUAUGAAAGGUUCCACCACCAAUAACAAGAUCUGCAGAGAACCUUUGCACCAACCCUUGCCGCCACUGGCAUCAAACCAUCAGAUGCGAAAACUGAGAAAUUUCAAGGUGAAAGGGAUUCAAAAUGGAAGUCAAGCAGGAAACGUCCGCUUGAAACUCACUAAGGAUCCCAUGCCACCGUCCAAGGAGAGCAGGGUCUCCAUUACUACUGGUGACUAUAAGCCUUCACCUCCAAAGGAGCCCACGAAACGGACAGCCCCUUAUUCCAAUUUCCAAAAAUUUAAGAUGCUGGAACAGUCAUCACAGCCUCCACCUAGAAAUACCUCCCUUUUACAGGCAUUUAAAUUGGUUUCUAGCGAUGAAGGGCAUCAGAAGAUUGAAGGCCUUAAUAUCAUUCAAAAACUCUCUGUAACAAAACCACAGCUGCUAAAUUCUAAUCUAAAGGAUAUCAAAGUAGCUGUGAAUAAGGAAUUAUCUGCCAUAAGGCUGGAUGUCUCUGUGGCUGCAAUCAACUGCAUGGAGAGCUUGUUCAGCCAGCUGAAAAGCAGCAUGCUAGAUGACCAGGAUGAGUGUCUCUUGGGGCUGCUGCUGAAAGCUGGAAAAUCAACCAGCACUAUAAUGAGGAAAGUGGACAAGGCCCUUUCCACAGCACUCGAGUUUUUGACACCUGAAUGUGUGCUGGCUAAUUUCCCCACUAUUGCACUUACAAACACCAACAGUGCAGUAAGGGAAUGUGCUGCCAAAUUUUUUCGCCUGUCGGUGGAGCAAAUGGGAGCAAGUCAAAUUCUGUGGAGUGCUUGGAAUGUCAAGAAAAAGGCUCUGCCAGUCCUUUCCACUCUAGUUGAAGAUCCUAUUCCAGAAGUCAGACAGCAUGGACUCAUCCUGCUCAAGAAUUUCAGGAAACAUCCAAGUUUCCUUGACAUGAUGGUGAAAUACGUUUCACCAGAAAACAUGGCUGGCAUAAUAAAAAUAAUCUUUGAAGAGAGAAUGCCAAAAAAAACUGCUCCAAAGGAGCCAUGGCAAUCAGAGGCGGUGUGGCAACUUUUGAACUUGUCAGAAAAUGUAAGUGAAAUGUCUUUGUUUAGACAUGAAAUUCCAGGAAGUCUGUGUGGAUGGUCCUAG